GUAGUUCAUAAGCAGUUAUGACCACGUGGAUUUAAAAAGUGUGGUUGCGAGGCAGACUUGUAACGGAAUAGGAAGUUGACUUAUUUCCUGAUUUCCGCAUUACAAUAAAGAUGUUUCUGCAUCAUCUGUACAUAGCUCUAGCUCUAACUACUGUCUAUAAACAAGUUUACUCUGAGGAGACCACUGUGUUUGUACUGAAGGGCCAGGAUGUCCAUCUGGAUCUCAAGGAGCAUGUUGAUCCAAAAACGGUAUCAGUUGUAUCGUGGAAAUUUAACUACUCUGACCCUGUAGUGAAUUACUUCUCUAUAUCAAAAGGUUCUUUCAUAGAGAAGUAUAAAAACAAUGCAAACAUUUCAGAAAGAAACUUCUCCCUGCUUAUCAAGAACCUUCAAGAGGCAGACAGUGGAUCUUAUAGUGUAACAGUGACACGUUCAGCUGAAGAGAUCACGAACUUCUAUUUGAUUGUGGUUCAAGACAAAGUUGACCCACCAGUGCUGACGUUAGACUCUAGCACCUCCACUGCUGACCCCUGUAACAUGACUGUGAUCUGCAGAACUCUGAACACCUCAGUCUCCUCCACCUGUAACACCAUCACCUGCUCUCAGGAGGGAGGAGACAGAGGAGGGGUUGUGACCUCUACUGCUCCUCUCCUUAUCUAUGUAUCUGGGGGGUCCAUCAUCUGUAACCACAGCAACCAGGUCAGCUGGGCAGAAGAUACCAAGGAGAUUAAAGGGAUUUGCACUCUUUACCCUACAGGGAUGCCCCCUGCUGGUGUGUCUGUGUACAUGCUGAAGAUCGUGCUGUUCUCUGUGGGCUUGGUCCUCAUGGUCUCUGCCCUCCUCACGGUCCACAUCAUGGAGAAACUCAGCAAGAAGAACUGAAGUCAUGUGGCAUGUUUAGUAUGAGGAUGCCUCAUUAAAAAGGUGGUGCUUCUAGCCUAAAAUGACAGGCACACUUAUCCCAGAAUCAACUUAUUUUUGCAUUAUGUCAACAAGUUCAUGUUGUCACGUCUAACUGAAGAAUAUAGAAUAUUCAUCACAAAUAAUCAAUCUUUUUUUUGUAUAUGUUAUUGUUAUAAUUCUUCGUUUGUUUUACCAAUACAGACAAAUGCAUUUAGGAUCCUGUAUGCUGUGGAGCCUGUAUAGGCCUACUGUGCAAAACCAAGUAGUUUAUGUUUAAUAAUCUAUGACAUGAUACAUUUGUUGUAUGAUCAAUAAUAUCCCUAAUAAAUAAAUGCACGCUUUCUCUGUGAUAGCAAAUGUGCUUUUGGACAUCUCGAGAAAAACUAGAGUACUUUUUUCCAUAACUGUGGUUGACAGUUAUAAUAUGUACUAAUGUCACUGUAAAUACAAAUACAAUGAAUAAAGUUAAUACAAA